CUCUGGUUCAGUGGGAAUAACUGGCGAUAAAGGCCUAAAGGGAUUCCAGGGUAUUGCUGGAGAGCCAGGUCCAGAUGGCCGUUCAGGCCCUCUGGGCCCACCUGGACGGACAGGACCAACAGGUAUCCCUGGGCCACUGGGAGAGAGGGGCUUCACUGGGAAGGAAGGUGUGGAGGGACCCCAGGGGCCAGUAGGCUUGUAUGGUUUCCCGGGUAGCAUGGGAAUGCGUGGCACAAAUGGUCACACCGGACAUAGGGGGGAGACUGGUGUAAGAGGCCUGUCUGGUCUUACUGGGAAGCCUGGACCUCCAGGUGUAUCAGGACCUCAUGGGGAUAGAGGCCCUCCAGGACCUCAGGGUCGGCUAGGGGAUCUGGGACACACAGGGCUAGAGGGCCCACAGGGCCCCUCGGGGCUGCAGGGCUCAGAUGGAGCCACGGGGAAACCGGGACCAAGGGGAAGCAGGGGGCCUCCGGGGCCACAAGGCUCUAACGGACCAGCAGGAAUCCUAGGAAUGACAGGUGCUGGUGGACUAAUUGGACCAGCGGGGGAAAGAGGAGAAAUGGGUAUGCUGGGACCUUCUGGUGAUCUAGGUCCUCCUGGACUGGAUGGCGAACAGGGCACUCCUGGCCAAUCGGGGUUGGAGGGGCAAACAGGAACAAAUGGGGAAAAGGGAGACCUAGGGCCUUGUGGGAAACUUGGUCCUCCAGGGCAGCCUGGAGCUCGAGGUCUACAAGGACUCAAAGGGUUACAAGGCUCUCCUGGACCAAUGGGAAUAGAGGGUGAUGUUGGACCUCUUGGCGUUGCUGGUGGUCCAGGUUCCAAAGGGGAGAAGGUUAACAAAUACUGACUUUUCGGCACUCAGUGAUUUACAUAUUUAAGCCAUCAAUAUAAAUGUGCUGUGUGUACAGUAUAUUGCAUAUCUAUUAAUUGAUUAACAUUUGUGCGUUUGACACAAAUUUUGGACAGGGCCAUAUAAGUGUUGGUUGUGGUUACAAACAAGUUGAAAUCUGGUUGAAAUAAAGUAAUUACAAA